AUGCCACCUCUAAGCGAGACCAUUCGAAAUGGCAUCUCCGACUCUUUGGCGCGCACCCAGCUCUGGCUCAACACGCCGAAUGGCCGUGGCGUGCUGAAGUGUACCGUUGCCUACACCAUCGCCAGCCUUGCGACUUUUGUACCGUUUUUAGCGAAUUUUCUGGGCAAGCCGGAGGGAAAACAUGUUGUUGCUACUAUUACGGUUUACUUUCACCCUGCGAGGUCGGUGGGAUCGAUGAUUGAGGCCAUUCUUAUUGCUGUCGUGGCGGUUGCUUACGCCGAGACCAUUUCGCUGUUGUCAAUGGUUACUUCUGUCUUCUUUGGAUCGACGAUGCAUCUGGUAACGCUAUCGCAUGUCUUGGUUGUUGUGGUGUUCAUCGGUGGUGGGUUUGGCUUUAUGGGCUGGGUGAAACAAAGGAUGCUGAACCCUCUCGUCAACGUUGGCAGCACCCUCGCAGCACUCGCCAUAAUCGGUGUCGUGACGAAAGAGAGUCACGUCAUGUCCAACGUAUUCUCUAAUGAGAAGGUACUUCAGGUAUUCAAAAUGCUCGUUAUGGGUAUCACGACUACGACGGCGGUGAACCUGCUUCUCUGGCGAACGAGCGCUCGCACCUCGCUACGAGAGACAAUGAAUCGGGUUUCGAUUCCUCUUGGAGAUAUGCUAUACAUGAUAACCAACAGUUUCCUUAGUGGCUCCGAAGAGGGUCUAGUAUCGGAUGGAUUUACAGCGGCGUCGACACAUUAUGCGAAAUCAUAUGCUCAGAUGAUGAAGGAUAUGAGAGAAGCCAAGUUCGAGCACUACUUUCUUGGGCAUGAAGAGAUCUACGAGCAUGAGAAGACUGUUGCGAGAUCUAUGGAGACACUAGCUCAGGCUUUGGGUGGUUUAAGGAAUGCGACGAAUACUCAGCUAGAGCAGCUCAAGCAUCCGAAGCCUCUCAGUCCAAAAGCAUCGGGGACGACUUCACCAAAUACGGCGCGUCAGCUAUUCGAGCAAUUCAACGAGUCUAUAACGAUGUCCAUGACAGGUGUACGUCAAAAUCUCUGCAGAAUUCUUCACGAGCCUCAGUUCGGACAACCUCCCAGCUACGAGAUCAACGUCGACGAAGACCUACGACGGAACUUGAUGGAUUCACUGAGUACUUUCGACACAGCGAGGUCAGACGCUUUGCAAGGGCUCUACGACCGCAUCGAACUAAUGGCUUCAUCCCACGAAUCAACGCGCGCCAAUUUGGAAGAAGUCGCUGCAGCUUGCGGUCACUUCACAUUCAGUCUUCAAUCCUUUGGCGAAGAUGUCCUUCAGUAUCUCGAUGUUCUGGAUGACCUCGAGUAUGUGAUUAUACGCAAGAGUCGAAGCUGGAGAUGGCUUCUCUGGUGGAAGAGUGGGGUUGAAGAGGAUCGUAACAAAGCGAUCAGACUAUUCGAAUCUGCAGAGGCUGAUACUCUGAUGCGAACGAGGCAGAGGUCUGUCAGUGUUCCCGAUGGCUCAGCUGCAGUCCCUGCGCCGGUCGAUCUGAGGACUUGGUACAAUGCGCCUGAUCUGAAUAAGAUACUGGCCUGGUUCUGGAGAAACCUCUCUGUGCUUUUCAAGAAAAUGGCGCGAGAUGAUAUUCAGUUUGGCCUUAAAGUCGGCAUCGGUGCUGCUCUAUGGGCCAUGCUCGCUUUCCUCGAAGAAACAAGAGAACUAUACACCGAGUGGCGCGGCGAAUGGGGUCUUCUCUCCUUCAUAAUCGUUUGUAGUUUCACAGUGGGAGCUGCCAACACCGUCAGUCUGGCUCGUUUCAUCGGAACGAUAUUCGGAGCAUUGUUCUCUGUUGUAAACUGGAAGAUCAGCCAUGGUUACGCUUUAGCUCUCAUCCCUCUUGGCUGGUUGACGAGUUUCGUCAACUUUUACCUCGUCAUUCAGCAUGGUAAGGCUUCGUUGGGGAGGAUCAGUCUUCUUGCUUACAACGUUUCUACACUUUACGCUUAUAGAGUAAAGAGAAAGGCUGAUGGGAAUGAUGCGACAGAAGAUGGACAAUUCAGUCAACCUGAUAUUAUUGAAAUCGCAAAGCGCCGAGCGAUUGCCGUCACAGCAGGUAUUAUCUGGGGUCUAGUCGUCUGUCGAAUCAUAUGGCCUAUUUCCGCCCGCCGCAAGUUCAAGGAGAGUCUCUCUGUUCUUCAUUUGCAGAUGGGUCUUAUCUGGAAGCGAGGGCCUCUCACUGUACUUUUCCGCAGCGAAGGUUCUCAAAGCUAUCUCAAAUCAGGUGAACAGGCUGCUUUACAGAGAUAUGCUGCAAAUCUGGAUAGCUUGAGACUAUCGGCCGCCUCAGAGUUUGAGCUACGAGGCCCUUUCCCAAUGGAAGUUUAUGGCCGUGUUCUAAAAAGCACUAUGCGUAUUCUCGAUGGUUUUUACAACAUGAGUCUCGUUGCAUGCCGGAAGGGACAUCUUACAGAAGGCGAAAGGGCAUUGUUAGAGUAUACUGCUCGUGAGCGCGCUAUUCUGUGUGAUCACAUCUGUCAAGCCUUUCAGGUCGUUGCCAGUUCAACAAUGCUGGAAUAUCCUUUCGCCGACGCUACGCCGAGCAUUGUGUCAGCUCGCGAGAAUUUGUUGAGCAAGAUCUUUGAGUUCAGAAAAGAACAUCCAAGGAGACUAAUCAACGAGGGUGGUGAGAGCAGUGGUUCAAAUCAUUUGCUUGUCGAGGAGAAAGAUUAUGCGUUGCUUUAUGCGUAUGCUCUUGUUACAGGCCAGGUUGCGGACGAGUUGAGGAUGAUUGGAAAGGAGAUCGGGAGUCUGUUUGGUGUUUUGGACGAAGAUACCCGGCUUUUGCAAUGA